AGCCGCACAGACUCUGGCACUAUGGUCAUGGCGGAGGGGACGGCAGUGCUGAGGAGAAACAGACCGGGCACCAAGGCUCAGGAUUUCUAUAAUUGGCCUGAUGAAUCCUUUGAUGAGAUGGAUAGUACAUUGGCUGUUCAGCAGUAUAUUCAACAAAACAUAAGGGCAGAUUGCUCCAAUAUUGACAAAAUUCUUGAACCACCUGAAGGCCAAGAUGAAGGUGUAUGGAAGUAUGAACAUUUAAGGCAGUUCUGCCUUGAGCUAAAUGGACUUGCUGUCAAACUUCAGAGUGAGUGCCAUCCAGAUACAUGUACUCAGAUGACAGCAACUGAGCAGUGGAUUUUUCUUUGUGCAGCUCACAAAACUCCAAAAGAGUGUCCUGCUAUAGACUACACUAGGCACACACUUGAUGGUGCUGCCUGCCUUCUGAAUAGCAAUAAAUAUUUUCCUAGCAGGGUUAGCAUAAAGGAAUCUUCCGUAGCAAAACUAGGAUCAGUAUGUCGUAGGAUUUAUAGAAUAUUUUCACACGCUUAUUUUCAUCACCGGCAGAUAUUUGAUGAAUAUGAAAAUGAAACAUUUUUGUGUCACCGGUUUACAAAAUUUGUGAUGAAAUAUAAUUUGAUGUCCAAGGAUAACUUGAUUGUACCAAUUUUAGAAGAGGAAGUUCAGAACUCAGUUUCUGGGGAAAGUGAAGCAUGAAGGGAGUAAUGCAAAAUGUACUGGACACAUAAUUAGCAUUAAUUAUGUACUGUAUAUAAUUUUAGACACAUCAAUCAUGUACCCAUAUUUAGCUUCUUUGUUUAGUACAGGUUUUUGUAUGCUGUGUAUUGCCUUUUAAAAUGGGAAAUACUUUUUAAGUUAUUCAUGAGCUGUAUAUUCAUUCACUGGUGUGGCACUCAUGGUUUUUAAAUAAGAUUAGUGUUACCUGUUUAUAAUGCCUGUUAAUAAAAGAAUUUACAGUUUGGUAAAAUUGCUGCUAAACAAUCAUUGGAUCACAAUCCUCAUCAAAUAAACCCAUCUGUAAAAAGAUGAGUGAGCUUGAGGUUUCGCACAAGCCAUUUACUUAAAUCUUAACAUUUGCCUUUAUUUUACACUUGAGUUUAGGUAUUCUAGAAAAUUCUAUAGUACAUGCAUAGUUCAGUUUUGACUCAGUAUUUCAGGUAUGAUAUAAAAUCGUAUAUAAUUCUGUUUAUUUUUUGAUAUGCAUAUAUGAUCAUAUGUAUAUCUAAAAUGUAAAAAUUCAACCUGAAGUGUUAGUUGCUACAUAAAGUGUAUUCUUGGUCUGAAUAAUUUAAAAGGAUUUACCUUUUUGCAAUAAUGGACUCCUAUGUGUAGGAUGAAGAUGAUGAUGAUAAGGCACAUAGCUGACGUUCCUACUGGAAACCCUCUUGGCCCACCUCUUCUCAAUUUCCUUAACCCCCUUUCUGAACUAUAUUCACUUAGAAGCUUUUCACCAAACUGUUAUUUAGUGGUGGAUUAUACUUAUAUAUUUGUAUUAAUUGCUUACACAUUAUACCUCAAUAUUAGCAAUUACAUUACACUACAGGAAAAAAAAUGUAUUGGCAUAGGCUCUUACCUUUGUUUUGUAAAGUUGUUCUAAUUAGAAAAGUCUUUAAAAUAGUUUAAUUUUUCUGUUUAGUAAUACUGAUCUUUUCCUUUAACCAUCUGGGCAACAUUCAGAUGGAAUUGGAAAAAUACUGUAGUAUUUAUUUUGCACCCUUCUACGUGCAUAUUUUGUCUCAUCAGUAAUUUGCAAUAAUCAUAGGUUUCAAGGGUGUUGAUGAAUGGUCAUGUGUUGUUUGGACUUUAUAAUUGUCUUAAGGAUUCAGCUGCUGACUCAAUAAUGCAGUUUUUAACAAAGCAUUGGAGGUCUUAUGCAAAAUGAUUGUAAUAAGAUACUUCAGGUGAAAAGAUUGUUCAUACAGUGAAGAAAAUAGUGAAAUCUAUUUCUUGAACAGAUUGAACCAACAUGAGAGACUUUUUCAUUUUGAAGGAUUGUGUUGAAACAGAUCCAAUGUAUUCAUCUUAAUUUUUUUUAUUUGAGGGAGUGAUUUAUAUAAUAUGAGACAAGUGUGUAUAGCAAAAAAAAAAUGUGGGAAUUAGACAUACUGAGAGUGUAUAUAUAGUUUAUGCCUUUCCAAACCUGCCAGUCAAUUUGGCUUUAAACAGUGCUAUCAUAGCAUACAAGUCAUUACUGAGCCCAAUCCACAUUAUGUUUUAGGAAGUUCUGUGUUCACAGUGAAAGAAUGUUGAUUUUAAAAUUAUGUUCUAUUAAUGUCACUAUAAACCAGUGGGAUAGUAAUUUUUAAAUGAACUUGCUAAAUAUUGAGAGACUAAGUUAAUUAUAAAUAAGAAUAUAACUGUUUGCUCUGAAAGGUGUUUCACAGUGGAUUUCUAUUGCUUGAUUAUUUUCUUGAAGAUUUGAACUAAGGCAGUGAUAAGGAUUGGUGAUCUAGUGUAGUAUUUUGAAACAUUUUGAAUAAUAUGGCUUGGUGUUAAUGGGGAAAUAAAAUAUGAUUUUUUUCUUACUUA